CUCAUUCUCUUCUUCUUCUCAUUACCCCACGAACCCUAAUUCAAAGAAGAUUUCAACCAAACCUAACCCUAGGCUUUCUCUCAGCGAAAUCACACAAGAAAACAACAUGUCCAAAGAUGUUGCUCUUCCUAUGGUAAUCAAACUCCAAAUCAACAACAACUUCUCUGUUUUGAGAGUCUUUGUCAACCCUAGCAGUAAAGUGGACAUUCUCUACUGGUCCGCAUUCUUGAAGAUGGGACUUUCAGAAUCAAUGCUCAAACCAUGUCAAGCAUUUCUCAAGUAUACUUUUGGAAAAGGUGUACCAGUCAAAGGAUACAUUGAUUUGGACACAACUUUUGGUAAAGGUGAGAAUACCAAAACCAUCAAGGUCAGGUACUUCGUCGUUGAGUCGGCACCGUCUUUUUCUAUUUUUAAUGUUGUUCUUGGCUGGCCUGCACUUAAAGAUUUGAAUGCUGUACGACUCUCAUGGGCAGACCUCACCAUAGAAUAUUCGAUUGGAGAUGGAAAGGUCGGUGUUGUCGAGGCAGACCUUGAGACGGCCAAGAAGUGUCACGAUAUGUGUCCCCAUUUUAUUAUGUAGUUUUGAACUAGUAUUUUCACUUUUCAGUAUGUAGUUUAGUUUCUCUAAAAUGAAUGACAUGACACAAAUGUUUGACUUUCUCUAGCAACUAUUGCUAUAGCCUAUAGCACUUAUGAUAAUUAUCUUUAAUGUUGAUCAAACACGUUAUUCGGAUUGUGUUCUUUUA